ACGAACAACGCACGUACAAUAACCGACUUUUGUCGUCGAUACCAUGAGAAUAACAGAUGUAAAAUCGGAAAAACUCAUAGAGGCCGUUAAGAAGAGACCGGCGUUGUAUAACAAAAGUGACACUAUGUAUUACUGUCAGAAAAAGAACAAAAUCAAAUUGUGGAUCGAAGUCUGCCAAGAAGUGUUCAGUAAUUGGGAGCAAAUGUCGGCACACGAAAAAGUUGAACUACGCCACGAAAUACUAAAACGCUGGAAGAGCCUCCGAACGUGCUUCUCAAGGGAACUGUCGUUACAGAAGAAAGAGAAACGCAGCCUCGAAAUCGAUCAUGAACCGAUUAAAAGACGUAAAAAGUACGAAUACUUUGGUUUGAUGUCCUUUUUACUUCACCCCGACGCAAUAGGUGAAUUCGAAAUAACGAAAGAGACAGACGAAGAGUCCUCUGAUCCUCUGGAUUGUAUGAAAACUGAGAUUUACGAUGAGGGACAAACAUCUAAAGUAGAAAUAGUUAAUGAAAGCGUCAACAAUCAGUUUCAACCGUUCUACGAGCGAAAUGAAAACGUUGACGAGAAGAUUCUGGAAAUAUUAAAAGAAAUGAAGAAAGAUGAAUGCGACGAGGACAGACAGUUUAUGUUGUCAUUAGUUCCAAGCUUUCGGAAAUUAAAUGAUAAGCAGAAGUUUGAAGCUAGAAUAGGAAUGUUAAAGGUCCUACAAGAGAUAACGUUUCAGGAGAAAGAGACUCUAUGAUAGUUAUGUGAAAACGACAAAGGCAUAACUUCAUGAGGGGCUAAAAGGAAGAUACGUUUAAAAGUAAGAUUUAAACGAAGUUAUAGUUUCCGGGUUAUCAUCGUGUCCAGAAUGCUGUAAUAGCGCGGCCUCAUUAACCAACUAAGUUUCUCGCCGGAUCUUCUCAGUGGUUCGCGUUUCCGAUCUGGUGAUAGAUUCUGGGUAGUACGGCUCUUGCAAGGGUUCGUGUUAGCAACAUCGUCAGGUUUGAGACCCGUGAGCUCACCUACUAGCCCGGUGACGCUGUCAUGGUCUCUAGACCAUCAGCUUAGGUAAAAAAAAAAAGUGCUGCGUAAGCAUAUUAAGGACUAUGUUUCGUACUAAUUCCUCUUGUGAAACAUCAAGAUACUCGUCGAUAUAAGUAUGCCCACUAGUCUAUGUAUAUCUAGAAUUAUUUUAGAUUUGUUAUUAAAAACAGUGAAACAUAAAAGCUUUGGAAAUAUGUUGAUAAUAUUUACAACCCAAUUGAAUUCGACAUUAUAUUUGGCUGUUAUUGGCGGAGAGAAAGUUUAAUACACAUUGGACGAUAUGAUAGAUUGCAAGUCAAACUGUAAUUUCAUCCAAACAAAUUGGCAAUGUCGAGUUGCCGUUGUCAUCAGAAAAGGAAUAAUACAAAGACAUAAUAAAUGUAAUUAAAAUAAAUGUUUGUUUCAUUACUUUGGGGUUUUCUGUUGCCACAUUUUACGUGCGUUAUAUUAGGUAC